AUGGCGGUGGCGCCGAGUAGCAACGGGGCGGCGAGUAGGGGUCUGGCCCGGCGCCGCGGCGGGCAGUCGUCGGCGGCGGCUUGGGGACAGAAGAAGCCGGAGUGGACGACUGGCGUGCGGUACCGCAAGUGGGGCCGGUGGGCGGCGGAGAUCCGCGUGCCGCGCACCCGCGCAAGGCUGUGGAUCGGCACGUUCGAUAGAGCCCGGCAGGCGGCGCUUGCCUACGACGCCGCCAUGUUCUGCUUCUACGGAGAGCGCCUGCCCAGGCCGCGGAAGUUCAACUUCCCCGCCUUGCCGCGUCCCAAAAUCCCGGAGCACGUGCGCGUCGAGCUCACCGUCGCCAACAUCAAGGCCAUCGCCGAGAAGUACGCCCGCAUCCUUGCCGACCACGUUCCGCCGCCCGUGCGCCCCGCAGCCGCACCUCUCGUGGCGGCGGCGGCGGCUGGUGCUGCUGCCGGCGCAUGUGCAACUGCUACCGCUGACCAUGGCAACACGAACGACAUGGAUGACGACGUCGUGACCUGUGCUGACUGUCUGCUCUCCUUCAACCCCGACGAAUUCGCUGGUGUGACGGCCCUUGUGCCCAGCGAAUACUGA